UCAAUGUACGCUUGCGCAAACUCGAUGCUGUUGAGAAGUGUGAUUUCUUAGCGUUGCGAGUGUCAGGUAGGCUAGAGACGGUGCCGCAACAUUUUGUGACUUGCGCUUCAUCACGAUGUCCGUGUCAUCAGAAAAGGGUUUGAGAAGGAAGUCGAGUAGUGGAUCUGGGGCUAGUGGAGAUGGUCGCAUGAAGAAGACUCCUGCCGACUUUGAGUUUGGUACAAUCUUGGGUGAAGGGUCGUACUCUACUGUUGUGUUGGCUAAAGAGAAGAAAACUGGGAAACAGUUUGCAAUGAAAAUACUGGAGAAGAAGCAUAUCAUCAGGGAAAAGAAAGUGCAGUACGUUAGUCGCGAGAAGGAUGUUUUGAGCCGGUUGGAUCACCCUUUUUUUGUACGCCUCUAUUUCACUUUUCAGGAUUCAGAGAGAUUGUAUUUUGGGUUGAGCUAUGCUGAGAAAGGAGAGCUGCUCCCAUACAUUCAGAGGGUUGGAUGUUUUGAUGUUGAAUGCACAUGUUUCUACACAGCUGAAAUUAUUCUUGCAUUAGAAUACAUACAUGGCUUGGGGAUCAUUCAUAGAGAUUUAAAGCCUGAGAAUAUACUGUUAGACGAAAAGAUGCAUAUAAAGAUUACUGACUUCGGAACUGCAAAAAUUUUGGAUAACGCUGAAACAACAAGGGCAAAUUCGUUUGUGGGAACGGCAGAGUAUGUGUCACCAGAACUACUGACAGACAAGGAAGCUUGCAAGAGUUCUGAUCUGUGGGGACUCGGCUGCAUUAUCUUUCAGCUGCUGGCUGGCUUACCACCUUUUCAUGCUGUAAAUGAAUAUCAAUGUUUUCAGAAAAUUACCAAAUUGGAUUAUGAGAUUCCGGACGGCUUUCCAGAGCUUGGUGCUGAUCUUGUGAGAAGUCUGUUGAUAUUGGAUCCCACUAAACGUCUAGGAUGUGAUGAAUUUGGUGGCUACGCACAGUUGAAAGCUCACGGUUUCUAUGAAGGCAUUGUUUGGGAGACGCUACACGAGCAGACACCACCGGCCAUUGUUCCUUACUUGCCAUCCAAUUCAAAGGACGGCGAAGCACUACGUAGCGAAUACAUGAUGAGAGACUUCAAGCGAGACGAUGAAUUUGAUGAUCACUUGCUAGCAUGCUGGGGACUGAAGGAAUCAAAGGAAACAGACAGCAAGCAGGGUGAUAAUGAAUUAAGACGUCAGCUGCUGGAGAAGCAAAAGCGAGAAUGUAAAUGGGAUACUUUCGUUAACGGAGAACUCAUUGUAAAAAUGGGACUAGUAGAUAAGAGAAAGGGUUUGUUUGCAAGGCGAAGACAGCUUUUGCUUACAGAUGCUCCCCAUUUGUAUUAUGUCGAUCCUGUGGCAAUGGAACUCAAAGGAGAAAUUCCAUGGUCAUCUGAUUUGAGAACAGAAAUGAAAAACUUUAAAGUGUUCUUCGUUCAUACGCCCAACAGAACAUACUAUCUAGAAGCAAACGGUGAAGCUCAGGACUGGUGUCGUGCCAUUGACGAUUGGCGGCUAGGAAAAGGAAAGAUCUCGGAUUUAUGAUGAAGUAACUGAUGUACAGUCAAUUUGAACAGGCUAUAGGUUCUUAAUCUAGAACUUCUCAUUCUGCUCUAUUAUCAGACGCCAUUCUGAUAUGAAACAUACCGUACUUAUGAUGCAUACUUAGCCUAGUUCUUGUACAUUUUGAAUGCAUUAAUUUAUUCUCUGUUUUUGAAAUCCCGAAAACAGCUUUUGCUGUUACAGUUAUUUGGUGAGUACAUGUACUCC